AUGGAGACCCCACCUCAUAUUCCGAGCUCCCCUGCACCCAAGACGGCCACCAAGCCCUUGGCUAGGGAAUUUCGUGACGCCAAUGUUCCUGCUUCGCCGCAACCGCAACAAAACUCUGGGCAUCAUCACCCACAACAUUCGUAUCAUCAAUCCUCGCACCAUCCUCAUACAUCUCAACAGCAGGCGCAAAAGGUCCCUGCAACUCGCUCAAGACGAGAUUCUACGGACCGAGGAACCAAAGACUCUAUCAAGACGAGGUCGACGACACCCAAGGCCGCACCUGAGCAUGUGGGACCUUAUCUUUUGGGAAGGACUCUGGGCAAAGGUUCUUCAGGCUGCGUCAAACUCGCCCGUCACCGAAAGACGGGCGAGCAGGUGGCCGUCAAGAUCAUCUCGAAGGCCUCUCUGGCCAACAAGGCUGCUGUCAAUCGCGGUAUAGAGCGCGAGAUAGCCAUCAUGAAGCUUAUCAACCACCCCCAUGUCAUCCGACUAUACGAUGUAUAUGAGACCGAGAAAGAAUUGUUUUUGGUCAUGGAGUACGUGUCAGGAGGCGAGCUUUUUGAAUACCUCGUCAACAAAGGAAGGCUGGAGGAAGCUGAGGCUCUAAGGUUUUUUCAACAAAUUAUAGUCGGUCUCGCAUUCUGCCACAAGAGAAAGAUCUGUCAUCGCGAUCUGAAGCCCGAGAAUUUACUUUUGGACGACCGUAUGAAUGUCAAGAUUGCUGAUUUCGGCAUGGCGUCGUUGCAAAAGACUGGUCGUCUCUUAGAAACGAGCUGUGGUUCUCCGCACUAUGCAAGUCCAGAAGUGGUUACUGGAUUGAAAUACGACGGAUCCUCAUCUGACAUCUGGUCCUGUGGUAUUAUCCUCUAUGCCCUUCUGACAGGACAUCUUCCUUUUGACGACGAAAACAUCCGUCAGUUGCUGAGUAAGGUCAAGGCAGGAAAGUUCCACAUGCCGACAGAUAUCUCGCCUGGAGCACGCGAUCUCAUUAGUCGUAUGCUCACGGUUAAUCCCAAGCGGAGAAUCACCAUGCAAGGAGUCAUGAUGCACCCAUGGUUCAGAAUGGUCAACCCUGACCGCAAUACUCUAGGAGAACCAGCAGAGGAUCCCGAGAGCAGUCGACUACUGUUGCCUGAAGAGCUGGAUGCCGAGAUCAUAGUUCACAUGCGCUGGCUCUUUGCUCCAGGACCUUCUCAUAGCGAUCCAGAGGCCAAGGAGGUAUUUGAUGAAGAGGCACUACUGCGCGAGAUCGAGGACAAGGUUACCAACGAUGAAGAAAACAUGGAGAAACUCUUUUACCAUCUGCUGUGCCAGCACAAGACAGAGCUCCUCGAGAAUUACUCUGGCGACGACAAUGGAUCGGUACCAGGUAAUGUCACGGACAUUGAGGAUUAA